GCAAGACAGAAGAAAAACAGGGGAUUUCUAAUAUGCGGAUGCAAACAAAAUAUCUGUUGGCUAUUGUGUAGAAUAACACGCUAAAUAUAAGGUCAAAAUGGGUAAUUACAAAGGUCAAUAAGGUGCUUUUAGUCAGGGAAAUGACUUGCAUACUGUACAUACACAAUAAAGAGGCAGAAUCUAGCCGUUGGUUUCCACCGGCUACAAAUCAAAAUAGCAUAAAAUGAAACAAUUUUGUCAUAGUGCAAAAUAUGAAUCAAAACUGUAAGCUGAUUGCACAUUAAAUCAGUAGCAGAGCCGAGGUGUUUAGCGCAUGCGCAUCCCGGCUCCAUCAUUGUGUCCACAGGAGCAGCAGCACUAGAUAGACAAACCUCCUUUACCUUUAAUAACCCCACCCGUGUCAUUUCACACAGAAACCACCUCUACAUUCUUCAGAGGAGGACCUCUGAAUUUGUGAAGCAAUGCUCUGCCGGAUCCUCUCUGUCCUGCUCUAGUUACCACAACUCCUGCUGCUCCACCGCAACCAAGAGUGCUUCUGCUGCUGCUCCUAGUGGUUUGGCUGCCUCCUAAAGGGACAAAAAGGAGAAUUCGCAAUCCUCAUCAGCUGUUGUCUACUCGCAUAUGGUGCAUAGUUUGCAUUCCUGAGUCGACAUCCCUAACGCUCAGCUACUUGCCAGCCUGUGCCACUAAUAGGGUUCAUCCACACAGGAUAUUAUUAGGUGUGUGCUCUUAUUUUCCCUGGAUUGCACACGCUAAAAGCCAUCUUUUUUAGUUUUUCCUCUCCACUGCCACACGUGUGGUGGCAGGACAUCAUAGCCCAUGGAGCCCAACAUGGAGUACUGUCUGACCCAGGUGCUACAGAAGGAUGUGGCCCGCAGGUUGCAGGUGGGUUCGGAGCUCAUCGACUACAUCACAGAUGCAGACAAGUGUCAAGACCUGGAGAGUGACCAGACUGCGUUGGAUAAAUUGGUGGACGGUAUUGCCACCUCUUGGGUUAAUUCCAGCAACUUCAAGUUGGCUUUGUUGGGAAUGGACCUGCUAUCUGCCUUAGUGACGAGAUUACAGGACCGAUUUCGGCCCCAAGUUGGUACAGUUUUACCCAGCUUGAUAGAUCGGUUAGGUGAUGCCAAAGAUCAAGUCAGAGACCAAGAUCAAACCCUGCUGCUGAAGAUCAUGGAGCAGUCAGCUACUCCUCAGUAUAUAUGGGACCGAAUGUUGGGGGGGUUCAAACACAAAAACAACCGGACAAGAGAGGGAGUCUGUCUCUGUCUCAUCUCAACUCUUAACACAUACGGUGCCCAAGGCUUAACCCUGAGCAAAAUUGUACCACAUAUAUGUAAUCUACUCGGAGACCCCUCAAGUCCGGUUCGGGAUGCGGCUAUGAACUGCCUUGUGGAAAUAUACCGACAUGUUGGAGAGAAGGUUAGAAUUGACCUUAGCAAAAAAGGACUGCCGCAAUCAAGGUUGAAUGUAAUUUUCAGCAAAUUUGAUGAAGUCCAAAGAUCUGGGAACAUGAUCCUCUCCUCAGGUUCAGAUAAGAACUUUGAUGACGAGGACUCCGUGGAUGGGGGCAGGUCCUCCUCCUCUUCCUCUUCUAAGUGCUUCUCCAACAGCAGGAGAGGGGGCAGCAUGGGCUCAAUGAGACGACCCAGUUCUGCCUCUGGAUCCAGGGCUCCAGGGAAGGACAGUGUCAGUGCAGGAGCUGUGGAUGAAGAGGAUUUCAUCAAGGCUUUUGAAGAUGUACCUGCAGUGCAGAUAUAUUCCAGCAAGGACUUGGAGGACUCCUUGAAUAAGAUCCGUGAAAUUCUGUCAGAUGACAAGCAAGACUGGGAACACCGUGUCACUGCUCUGAAGAAAGUGCGGUCACUGAUUCUGGCUGGUGCAACUCAACAUGAGGGUUUCCUUCAGCAUCUCCGGCUUUUAGAAGGUGCCUUCAAGUCAUCCGCUAAAGAUCUUCGGUCCCAAGUGGUUCGAGAAGCCUGUAUCACAUUAGGGCAUCUGUCUUCAGUGCUGGGGAAUAAAUUCGAUCACGGGGCUGAAAGCAUCAUGCCUACGCUGCUAAACUUGGUGCCCAACAGCGCCAAAAUUAUGGCCACAUCCGGAGUGGCAGUCAUCCGAAUCAUCUUGCGACAAACACACUUCCCACGCCUUAUCCCGAUUAUCACCAGCAACUGCACUUCUAAAUCUGUGGCUGUCCGAAGACGUUGUUUUGAGUUUUUAGACCUGUUAUUGCAAGAAUGGCAGACACACACUCUAGAGAGGCAUGUGGCCGUUCUAACUGAAACCAUUAAGAAGGGGAUCCAUGACGCCGAUUCAGAGGCCAGAUCUGUGGCCAGAAAGUGUUACUGGGGAUUCCAUGGCCAUUACAGUCGAGAGGCAGAGCACCUGUUUCAGGCGUUGGAGUCGUCCUAUCAGAAGGCCCUCCAGUCUCACCUCAAGAGUUCGGACAGUGUAGUGUCUCUACCGCAGUCCGACCGCUCCUCCUCAAGCUCACAGGAGAGCCUCAAUCGACCGCUGUCAGUGAAGAGUGUCAUUGGAGGCCCUGUUACAAGAAGUAAAGUGAUCAGCUCUAGGGUGUCCUCAACCCCUGGUGCCCUCCAGCGUUCCCGCAGUGACAUAGACGUGAAUGCCGCCUCCAGUGCCAAAUCUCGCAUGUCCACUGCAACCUCCCCAUCUCCCUUCAGCUCUGCUGCAGCUCUGCCUCCCGGCUCCUACGCCUCCCUGGACGGUGCACCUGGUAAAAUAGAUGGUCGUGUGCGGACGAGAAGGCAGAGCUCAGGGAGUGCGGUCAGUGCCAACAGCACUGUUACAGACAGCCGUGGUCGAAGCAGAGCUAAAGUGGUCUCUCAGUCCCAACGAUCCAGAUCAGCUAACCCUACUAGUGCCGGCAGCCGGUCCAGCUCUCCAGGGAAGCUCUUGGGACAUGCAUAUGGCAGAAUUCCUAGGGCCACUGCACCAGCAACACCCUCAGACAAAUACUCGAAGAUCCCAAGAAGCCAGGGAUGCAGCCGUGAAACCAGUCCCAGCAGAUUGGGCAUAGCCAGGCUGUGUGGUAAAGCUCUUCUUCCUGCCACUUCUUCCUAUCGCACGCUAGCCCGGAGCAGUCGCAUCCCCCGCCCCAGCAUGAGUCAGGGGUGCAGCCGUGACACCAGUCGCGAGAGCAGCCGUGACACAAGCCCCGCUCGGGGCUUCACUCCUCUUGCCUCCCGACGUCACUCUCGCUCCACCAGCGCGCUGUCCACGGCCGAACCCGUGGGCCAGUCAGAUCGCUUAGGCCUGAUCCAUCAGGCUCGCAUUUCUGCAUCGGUCAAUGCUAUGAGGGUGCUCAACACUGGCACAGAAGUGGAGGCUGCAGUGGCUGAUGCUUUGCUGUUAGGAGACUCCAGGAAUAAGCGCAAGCCUUUGAGAAGGAGGUACGAGUCUGAUGAUGAUGCCAACAGCGACGCAUCCAGCGCCUGCUCAGAGCGUUCCUAUAGUUCCCGUAAUGGAGGCAUUCCUCACUACCUGCGUCAGACCGAGGACGUUGCUGAGGUGCUAAACCACUGCGCCAGUUCCAACUGGUCCGAGAGGAAGGAGGGCCUGCUGGGUUUGCAAAACCUGCUAAAGAGUCAGCGCAUUCUUAGCCGUGUGGAGCUCAAGAGGCUGUGUGAGAUCUUCACCAGGAUGUUUGCAGAUCCUCACAGCAAGAGAGUGUUUAGCAUGUUCCUGGAGACUCUAGUGGAUUUCAUCACCGUGCACAGAGAGGAUCUCCAAGACUGGCUCUUUGUACUGCUCACUCAGCUACUAAAGAAAAUGGGAGCUGACCUCUUAGGCUCAGUCCAAGCUAAGGUCCAAAAGGCUCUGGAUGUCACAAGGGAGUCUUUCCCCUUCGACCAACAGUUUAACAUCCUAAUGAGAUUCAUUGUUGAUCAGACUCAAACCCCCAAUCUGAAGGUGAAGGUGGCCAUCCUGAAAUACAUUGAGUCCCUAGCACGGCAGAUGGACCCUGCAGACUUUGUGAACUCAAGUGAAACCAGAUUAGCCGUGUCUCGCAUUAUCACCUGGACCACUGAACCCAAGAGCUCUGACGUUAGAAAAACCCUUCAUAACUGGGCAUGUGAGGAGUUGUCAGGCAGGCCCACCACUACAGCUCUACUUCCUGGAGAGGGUCACCUGGAAGAGAGGUGCAAGCAGGCUGCCCAGGUGGUGCUGAUCUCACUCUUUGAGCUAAACACUCCUGAGUUCACCAUGCUGCUGGGCGCUCUGCCUAAAACAUUCCAGGAUGGAGCCACCAAGCUCCUGCAUAGCCAUCUGAAGAACUCGAGCAACACCAGCAGUGUGAGUUCACCAAGCAAUACAAUGGGCCGCACGCCACCCCGGCACCCCACCAGCAGGACCAGUCCUCUAACCUCGCCCACAAAUUGCUCCCACGGGGGUCUGUCACCCAGUCGGUUAUGGGGUUGGAGUGUCGAUGGGCUCUUAAAGCACCCUUCUCCCUCUCCUCCUCCUCCUCCUCCUCCGUCUCACCCCUCUAUUCCUGCAGGCCCCUCCCUCAGGGCCUUCCGCUGCGCGCUCUCACCAAGUAUGCUGGAGUAUGACACAGAGAACAUGAAUUCUGAUGAGAUCUUCAGCUCGCUGCGCGGUGUCACAGAAGCCAUCCAGAGCUUCAGUUACCGCAGCCAGGAGGACCUGAAUGAGCCGAUCAGACGUGACGGGAAGAAGGUUGAUGCUGCUGGGAAGGAAGGGGCAUCUCCGGGGUCUGAUGCAAGACUGGGAUUGGAUGUAAUGGAAGGGGGUCGAACCGCUUUGGAUAACAAGACAUCUUUGCUUAACACACCGUCCCCGCGGUCUUUCGCUGUGCCACGGUCAAGAGAGUUUGCUCCCUAUGGCUAUGGAGACACGAUCACGGCCUUUGACAAAAGCGCCCUGAAGGAAGCUGUUUUUGAUGACGACGUGGAGCAGUUCCGAGACUGCCGUCGGCAAGACUGUGGUGAGAACAAGAUGGUGCAUCCCAAGGGCUUUACUUCUGAUCUGGUGGCAGACUUACUGAAGGAGUUGUCUAAUCACAAUGAACGAGUGGAGGAGAGGAAGGGGGCUUUGAUCGAGCUGUUGAAGAUCGCUCGUGAGGACAGUCUGGCUGUGUGGGACGAACACUUCAAAACUAUCCUAUUGCUGCUAUUGGAGACACUCGGGGACAAGGAUCACACUAUCCGAGCGCUGGCCUUACGGGUUCUGAAGGAGAUUCUGAGGAACCAGCCAGCACGCUUCAAGAACUAUGCAGAACUCACAAUCAUGAAAACACUAGAGGCCCAUAAGGACACUCAUAAAGAGGUGGUUAGGGCGGCUGAAGAGGCUGCCUCUACGUUGGCUGGCUCCAUUCACCCAGAGCAAUGCAUCAAAGUGCUGUGUCCCAUCGUACAGACUGCAGACUAUCCCAUCAACCUGGCUGCUAUUAAGAUGCAGACCAAAGUAGUUGAGCGCAUUGCCAGGGAGUCGCUGCAUCAGCUGCUGCCAGACAUCAUCCCUGGCCUCCUACAAGGCUAUGAUAACACCGAGAGUAGUGUUCGCAAGGCCAGCGUGUUCUGUUUGGUGUCCAUCUACUCUGUGAUUGGUGAGGAGCUGAAGCCACACUUGGCCCAGCUCACGGGUAGCAAGAUGAAGUUGCUAAAUCUGUAUAUUAAGAGGGCCCAGACCACCAACAGCAACAGCAGCAGUUCUUCAGACAUGUCAUCUUACAGCUAGCUGGAUGUACUCUAAUCAGUGCCCUACACGUGCAUUUGGCAACAUAGUUGUGCCUCCUCCAGAAUCCUUUUUUUUUUUUUUUUUUUUUUUGCUUCAUCACAGUCUUGCUGGAUUUUCUCAGAAAGAUAUGUUGCUCACUGCAAUCAGACUUUUCUUUUCAUCCAGCUCCUGGAAACCUCUUAGUGUCUCAUGCAUCUUUCCAUCUGUGAAACAUUGAAUGUAAAGAAAAAUGCAUGCCGGCUUUUUGAUAGGGAACAGAUCUUCCAUGAUUAGCAUUGCUUAUAUAAUUGCAGCAAACAAGCUGUCUUCAGCUUCUGAAGAGGUGAAACUACAUUUAUUAGUAAUAACGUAUUCAUAUUUGCAAGUGGUGUUAAAGGUUUAAUUGAGUUAUUUAGAUAUUUUAAAUGGACACAAUUGGCUUAACUAAUGCAUCACUUGAAUUUCAAUCAACGCUAGUGGAUCAUUUGGCUGGCCGAGUGAUAAAUGUAAAGAAAAGAGGCAACUGUAAGUAAUUUGUAGGUUUGGCUACAAUGACAACCCCAAAAAAGAAAACAUAGGAUUAAAAAUUUAUUAUAUUCAUUUUUAUUUCAUGGGACCGCAAUACAACAUCCCAUAAUGUUGCAAUUAUAGAAAAUUGUUUCCAAGUCUUUAAGAAGGCUAAUGUAAAGCAAUUGUGUUGAUUUUUAUUAUAGGAUGGAUUAUGUGUUGAAAAUGUAGGCCUCACUACAGGAUACAAGGACAAACUUCUGAAUGUAGAGCUUUUCCUUUCAUAUUUGUGGAAAAAAGCAAGGGUUUUGUGGGUAAACAUACAAGCCACAACACACUUGGACAUGUAAAAGUUCACACUCAGUGGAGUUGGAAACAUGACCAGGAGGAUCUUCAGACAACAAACAAUGAAUGAAAUCAAACCGAUUUACACUUUGUUAUUGUGGCAAGAGGAUUGUGAUGGAAAUUUCAAAACUACUAUGCCUUACGUUCCUUUUUCUGCUUUCAAAACUCAGACUGUUAUAUACAUGUCCACAGGCAUUGGUACUACACUGCUAAAGCAUGGCGCUGCAAUUUCCCACAGCACAUGUCUACGACACUAAUAAUGAAAACCCUCUAAUCUGGCUCAAGAGCUAGAGGUGAUGUUAUUUUCUCUGAAAGGUCUGAACUCUUUCUUUUUCCUUGUUCCUCUGGGGAUUUUGUCCAUCUGAUGUUGUGCUGGGCAUUUAGUGUUCAUGUGUACAUACCUUUCAAUCAUUGCCAACCCCAAUCAACCCCCCCCCCCACACACACACACACACACACAAAA